UGAGAAUCAAAAUUGUGAAUACUAGAGAUCAGAUGUUUUUGGGGUUGGCAUUUUGUCUUCACUCCUCCAUUAUGCCAAUAGCCCAUUCCCUUUCAUUUUAACCUUUUCCUCCAUUUCCUAUCCCUUUCAAACUCCACCUCCUAUCUUAAAUCUCUCAAACUGUUCCCAUGGCUGCCCAGCUGCUUCCUCUCCAACCCUUCAAUCAGAUCCUCGAUCGACAACCGUAACUCGAUCGACGAUGUGGAACCCUAACCAACCCCACCAAGACGACGAUGACGAUUCGUGGGAGAUUAGGGCUUUUGCAGAAGAUACGGGAAACAUUAUGGGCACGACCUGGCCCCCUAGGUUUUAUACCUGUACGUUUUGCAGACGCGAAUUCAGGUCUGCUCAAGCUCUAGGCGGUCACAUGAAUGUUCACCGUCGCGACCGUGCACGUUUCCACCACCAAACUCAACCCAAUUCAAUCCAACCCAUCUCAUCUCCUUCAUCGUCUUCUUUCGCUGUCCCCACUGCUGAAGACAUCUACGGCGGUGGCGGUGGGGGCUUUUGUUUCUUCUACCAAUUACCGAACGACAAUGGCGGUUUCCUCAACCCGAUCACUUCAGGUGCAUGUCUCCGCUCACCAUAUCCGUCCAACAGCUCUUCCUUGCCAUCCGCAAAGUCACCGGAGGAGCUCCGAGGAACAUCGAGCGCGUCCUCAUCCCACUGCAGUCAUAUCUCUAGCAAAGGAGAUCAUGAAUCCUUAAUAUCAAUUGAUGAUGGAGAUGAUCCGAAGCUUGAUCUAGAGCUGCGACUUGGGCACAGGCCAUCUCCAUCUUGAAAAACAGUACAACAAGAAGAAAGAGAGAGAUUUCAGAUUAUUGUUCAUGAAGAAGAAGACACGUAAUAAAAACUUUGCCCCCAGAAAGUAUUCUUAUGAUCAAGAACAACAAAUUAAUGGUAAGAAAGAGAGAUGAGAGAGAAAGCUAUAAGGAAAAGUGUGUAAUUAGGGUUUUAAGGGAAGCUAAGGACAAAGCAAAACGAUAGCAAAGCAGUGUAAUGUCGUUUUCUUUUGCAUACAUUUCUGAGUAAUUAAUGAAAGCCUUUUGUC